CCAACAUUGAAAUCCAAACCUGGAACCUAUUCAUGACUUCGGCACAUGAACAGUCAUGCUUCCGCAAUAACAGCCGGCCAUGAGGCGUCUCCCCACAACGUCUCUAGAUGUUAGCACCACCAAUACCACCAUGGCAGAGCGGCCAAUAAGCCUUGUGGAUCACACCGACGAGGAAGAGGCAUCAGCACCCCUGGGUUCCCAGAGCUCCGAAACGUCAAACCCAGACUCGCAAAUAGAUGUCCUGUACGAAAACCAGCGAGGAUGGUUCGUAUUUGGCAUCCCUCUCUUCUCGUCAAACGCACUCUGGAACUCCAAAUUCGACGCCGCGCCCUGGGCCGACGCGAAGUACAAGCCGUCGGCCGUUAAUAUCACGAACGCGCAAGUGCCGGAUCCGAGCUGGACGUGGGAGUGGAAGUCGUGGUACGUGGAUAUGAGCCAGGACGUGGACGAGGAAGGAUGGCAAUACAGUUUCUGGUUUCGUGGAGCUGUGUGGCACGGCAAUCAUCCUUGGUUUCACAGCUUCGUGAGGAGACGGCGCUGGCUGAGGAAGCGGGUGAAGCAGAAGCUGCCGGCGAAGAUGAAGGAUAACAAGGAGAGAUUGUUUGGCGACACGUUCAGCAUUCCUACAACUAUAAUACGAGCGAGCACCGUUGGCACUGAAACGCACCAGAGCGGCGAGCGAACGUCGUCGGAUCGAAGGGCGCCACUGGACGAGGAGAUCACGGAUGUUGGGAAGCUCAUGCAUGUGCUCAAGGCGUCACCCAUUGACAGGGAAAAGAUUGCAGCUAUCAACAAGUUCAUUGAGGAAGGAGGCGAAGAACUCCAUUAUCUUCCCGAGCAGAUGCAUAACAUCAUGUCCAUGCUGCUCUUCCAAAACUCGCGUCGGCAACUGCUGGCCCAUCUCAUGGACCGCUUCGAGGCGGCUAAGGAGCAUCGAGAAGAGCAUAAGAGGCGAGGCGAGCCGGAGGAUACGGCAGAGGAGCGCAAAAUCAACAAUCUCCUGAGAGCUGUCGAAGCUGCCGAUGCGGAGUGUAAGAAGCUGGAGUAUUGGAGCGACAUUCGGAAGCUGGCGGAGGACGGAAAGGCAGGAAACGCCACGGAUCCUGCGAGCGGAUGGGAUCACAGUUGGGAAGGUCUCGAUAGGAGUGGACCAGCACAUCCUUGAACGUUGCAUUCCUGCAUAGCGGUUCUGUUUUGGAGUUUUGGAUACGGCAUUGUUGACACUUUGGCAUCGGAGUGUUUCCUUUCUUUGGGGGUGCAUGUGUGACUCUUGCUCGAUCCCAUGUUUUCUCAAUCGGAUUGCAUUACUCUAUUUCCUUGUUCCUCACUCGGAUAGGGCCGCGGACAUGUUAGAGGGGCAUACCGAUGUGAGUCCAUAUCCUCACACCUAUUCAGAGAUUUUCACUUCUCCGCGGUGCCUCGAAUUCCUAACGACGCCUCAUGGAUAAGGCUCCCAGUAGGUCCAACAUCAAUUCGGACUUUCUAAUUUC